AUGUCUGGCAAGUACCGGGUCAAGUCGCGAACCUCACAGGUUGACGAGACAUUGUUCAGCUCAAAUACCCAGGAAAUCCUGCGCAAAAAUCGAGAACAUGGAGCGAAGCCAAAAAAUAAGCCAAAGGAGACAGUCACGAUCAUCACUAAGGAUCUGAUUCGGACAAUUCCAGUACCGCGAGAAGACCCUUCUGGUAAAUCAAUGGUCAUCCCACGAGGGCACUUUCAGCGAAUUAAACAGUCUUCUCGUGUUCGUUCUCAGUCUGACAUUGAAAAGGAGGCCGCUGUGCGCCAGCAAGAGCGCGAGGAAGUUUCUGAGGCUGCCGCAGAAAGAAAGGCACACUUCAAAGAACUUGACAUGGAUAGAGCUAAUCAACACCAGCUCAACGACCUCGAGUUAGAGACGAAAAAAGAAAAUGAGCACCUUCUAGAACAAGCAAACGCCUUGAGAAUGGAGCAGGAGGACACGGUUAAGAAGUUGAACGAGCUCAUUCUAAAUGCCAAAUGCCAUGCGAUCAGAGACGCGCAAAUAGACGAAGUCGAGGAAAUCAAAAAUGAAAUGGAUGAGGAAAAUAAGCGCCUUGACAUCAUGAUGGAAGUUCAUCGAUUGAAUGGUAUCAAAGAAGCCGAGCGACUCGAAAAACAGAAACAUCUGCAGCGACGGGAGGGCGCUCGCCAAAUUCUAGAGCAGAUCAAGCUAAACACUGAGACGCGUCUUCUCGAUGCGGAACGGAAAAACGCCGAGGCUCAGGCUCUUGUCCAGUACAUGAAACAACUCCAGGACGAUGAUAUCAGAGAACUCGAAAAACGGAAGCAUAAGCAAGAAGAACUCCUUCAUGAAAUAAAUGAGAUCAAUCGUCAGGCGCAACUGUCAAAAGAGCGAAGAAUCGAACAGGAGCGCAUUCAAGACGCGAAAGUCGUCGAGUACAAUAGACUUAAGGCUGAACGUGAAGCCGAACUCGAAGCUGAGCAGCUCGCCGCCAAGGCAGCUAAAGAAAAGGAAACUCAGCGUCUUCGUGGCUUGCAAGAACGAGCGCAAGAUCAUCGUGCUGCUCAAGACGCUCUACGAGCGAAGAGGAAUCAAGAAGAGCAAGAGCGUGCUUGGAGACGAAAAGAGAAAGCUGAAGCUGAGAAGAAGGCGCGCAUUGAUGCUGAGAUGCGUGCUGCUCGAACCUCUCAGAUUAAAGACAAGCUCCACUUCCAAGCAGUUCAAGCUCAUAGGGAGCGUGCUGAAUUCGAGCGUGUCUUACACGCGCAGGAAGCUCAGAUUGCGAAAGAGGAAGAUGAAAAGCAGAAGAAACAUCAAGUCCUUCAAGUCCAUUCACAGCAAUUACGUCAACAAAUCAAAGAACGAGAACAAAAUAGAAUCGACGAUCGACGAGCCUUUUUCAGGGAAGCCAUCGAAGCAGAAAAGGAGCAAAAAGAAUACCAAGAUAAACUCAAUGAAGUCGUGGAAAAGAAAUUAGCAGAACUCCGCAAAGUUGGCAUCGAUCAAAAGUACAUCAAUGAAGUCGUUCGAAAGAUGAACCAGCCUAAGAGACUUACUGAUUAA